UAUGCAGUGUUUCGUUUGGAAAUUUCUCAAAGCCAGAAAGAAAACAGGGGAUUGCGGAGGAAACUACAGCUACUGGAACUGAAGGUGGCACGGGAGCGCGCAGAGAGGACAACGCGAGAGCGCGUCCUCGCCAGUCGUCCCAGUAGUGUCAAGCUCAUUGACCGAUACAGAGGAAUGGCAAGAGGUGAAGGGCAUCUCACUGGAGGCCAUUGGAACUUUGUGAAGCCAGCAGGACACAAUACAUGGAGCGAUGACCAACCAAUCACUGUUGAUGAGGGCAGUGGAACCUCAACCCAGCAUGUUAUCGUGAUAGAGUCUGCAGAGGCUGCAGGUCCUGGGGUCAAGCUGGAGAAGUCUGAAGGAGAGGAGGACCCACGGCACAGCAGAGACAUCCAGACUGGAGCGGCUGGAGCUCCCCCUGUAGUCACGGAGGACCCCACCACCGCCCCAGCACCGCCUAGGACCCAACGCAGCAUCACGGAGGCCAGUGGAACGCCGGAGGAGGAGGAGGAGGAUCCAGAGGUGCUGCUGAUGAAGGAGGAGGGGUGUGAGGAGGGUCUUGGGAACCCUGAGGGGACCAUGGUAAUGGAGGACAACCAGACUACACCUCCUCCUGAACCCACAGAGGAACCAGCUGAGCAGCACAGGACCACACACAGUCUCACUGAGUCAGUAGACAUGGAGGAUGGGAAGCCUGAUCUGCUGCUAUUCAAAGAGGAGACAAUAGAAGACGGACCAGAGAGCAUUGACUUGCUGAGUGGACUAAAGAUGGGGGAGCAAGGUGGUUGGCAAGAAGCUAACAGAGGAGACUGGGGAGCCAUCUUGGAUUCCCAGACCCAGAUGGGUGCAGCCAAGGGCCCGGGGGACAACAUCACAGAGCAGGCCAGGACCAGAGGCGAAAUAGUGGAGGUCAGUGGAUGGGACAUUAUCCUCAACUCUGGGCUGGGGAACAACACUGUUAACCACAACCAGAAACAGACAGUUGAACACAAAACAACAUCCGAAUUUAGUCUCCAUGACAACAGACUGGCUGAGACCAGGGCGAGGCAUAGAUUUGGUCUGCGGGGACAGGGAGGUGUCCGUAUCUGGAGGGAGAAAACAGACUUGGCUAGCAAUGCUCCGUUCUGGUCCUAUAGUGAUUCAGAGAGACUUAUGGCGCCUCAGGUUAACCCCCUAACAGGUGCUGCCUUCAGCCUGCCUUCUAUAGGAUCUAUCAACUGGAACAUGGACCCUGUGACAACACAGACACUCCCUGGCCUUGGUCCUCCUCACACUCUCCUAAUGUUAAACCAGACCUCAGCCAAUGCCAGUGCCUCAACAAUAAAUGGCUACACAAGCCCAUUAAAAAAUGACAGUAAUAGAGACAGAAUCAGUAAAGGUGGUGGCGACAAAGAGAAGUGCUUCCAGUGUUCGUUCUGUGGGAAAGCCUUCAGUUUCCCCAAACAAGUGGAGAUCCACCAGAGGAUGCACACGGAGGAGAAACGAUUCAGCUGCCACCUGUGCCAGGCCAGUUUUUCGGACUCGUCCAACCUGAAGAGGAUCCAUCAGAGGGUCCACACAGGGGUGAAACCCUUCAGCUGUACCCAGUGUCACAUGCGCUUCGCCCAGGCUUGCAACCUGAAGAGGCACCAGAUGGUCCACACAGGGGAGAAACCCUACAGCUGCCCCCAGUGUGAGAAGAGGUUUUCCCGCCAGCACCAGCUGAAGACGCACCUGAAGGUCCACACGGGAGAAAGGCCUUUUGUCUGUACGCACUGCGGAAAGAGGUUCUCAGAGAGGAGCUACCUCAUGAUACACCAGCAGAAAAACCAUUCCACUCUAUAACAUAGAAAGUAACCAUUCCACUCGAUAGCGUUUGACGUUUAGAUCAAACCCUGCAUUAAAGACAUAUGAAUGGUAAUUGUUUUCAACAGAAAAGACCCAUAGAUUAAUAAAAACCCAUUAGGCUACAA